UGAGAUCGGAGCGGGGCGCGAGGCGGAGCGCUCAGUUGGCGCGUUACUUCUCUCCUUUUUUCCCUCUCUUCUUCUUCUUCUUCUUCUUCUGUUUCCCGCGCUGCGGCUCCUCUCUGAUCUUCCCGCGAGGAGCGCGAUGGGACCGUAACAAACAGCCCGGGGGGGCGCCGGCUUCCGGGGAGAGGAGGGGGGGCACCGGCUCCUCCGGCUCCUCCGGAGCCGAGAAUGAAGCGCCUCUGUCGGAGGGCGGCGGUGGCCGCGGCCGUGCUCGUGUGGCUGGGAGCGCUGGUUUACCUGCUGGUGCUGAGCCGGAGGAGGCUGCCCGAGCCCGGGGCGGGAGCGGCGGGAGGCCCGGGGGGAGCGCCGGGGGGAGCGCCGGAGCCCGGCAAGCAGAUGUCGGACGCGGAGUGGGAGGACAUGUUGGAGGGAUUCGACGAGCGGAGCUACCUGAGCGCCCGGCGCUGGAAACCCGGCGACGACCCGUACACGCUGUACGCCUUCAACCAGAGAGAGAGCGAGCGCAUCCCCAGCAACCGCGCCCUGAGAGACACGCGCCACCACAGCUGCACGACUCUGCACUACGACUCCGAUCUUCCUCCAACCUCCAUCAUCAUCACCUUCCACAACGAGGCCCGGUCCACACUGCUGCGCACCAUCAAGAGCGUUCUGAACAGAACUCCGGUCCACCUGAUCCACGACAUCAUCCUGGUGGACGACUUCAGCGACGAUGAAAGUGACUGCAGGCUUCUCACCAAACUGCCCAAAGUCAGAUGUCUUCGCAACAGCAGACGAGAAGGUCUGAUCCGGUCCCGGGUUCGAGGUUCCGAUGCGGCCACAGCCUCGGUUCUCACCUUCCUGGACAGUCACUGUGAGGUGAACAAGGACUGGCUGCCCCCCCUGCUGCAGAGGAUCACUCAGGACCGAACCCGGGUGGUGAGCCCCGUCAUCGACAUCAUCAGCAUGGACACGUUUGCGUACGUGGCGGCGUCGGCCGAUCUCAGAGGAGGCUUCGACUGGAGUCUCCACUUCAAGUGGGAGCAGCUGUCGUCUGAGGAGAGAGCUCGGCGAAGCGACCCCACACAGCCCAUCAAGACCCCCAUCAUCGCAGGGGGGCUCUUCGUCAUGGACCGGUCCUGGUUCAACCACCUCGGGAAGUACGACACGGCCAUGGACAUCUGGGGCGGCGAGAACUUUGAGAUCUCGUUCCGGGUGUGGCAGUGCGGCGGCAGCCUGGAGAUCCUGCCCUGCAGCCGGGUCGGCCACGUCUUCAGGAAGAGACACCCGUACGUGUUUCCCGAGGGAAACGCCAACACCUACAUCAAGAACACACGUCGCACAGCUGAAGUGUGGAUGGAUGACUUCCGCCUCUUUUACUACUCGGCACGUCCGGCAGCACGAGGGAAAUCCUAUGGAGAUAUCCGAGGCAGAGUUGAGCUGCGCAAGAAGCUGAAGUGCAAAUCGUUCAAGUGGUACUUGGACAACGUCUACCCAGAACUCAAGGUCCCGGACGACUCGGACUCUCAGUCCGGGGUGAUCAGACAGAGACAGAACUGUCUGGAGUCCCGCAGGGUGGAGGGCCAGGAGCUGCCGGUCCUCACGUUAGCCCCCUGCACGGGGACGGAGGGCGCCCCCGCCAGCACCCAGGAGUGGGUUUACACUCACGGGCAACAGAUCCGGCAGCAGCAGCACUGUCUGUCUCUGUCCACCAUAUUCCCGGCUUCCCAGGUCCUCCUGCUGCCCUGCAACCUGGGAGACGGCAAGCAGCGCUGGCAGAAGUCGGGGACUCACCUGGAGCACCUGGUGUCUCGGUUCUGCCUGGACUCGGAGAUGGCCCUGGACGGGAUGGACUCGUCCCGCAUGCUGGUCAUCAGCCCCUGUGAACUGAGCGCCUACACACAGCGGUGGGACGUGCCCUUCUCCUGACCCCUGACCCCGCCUGGAGAACCCCACCCGGGGCUGAGAGUACAGGAUGGCAGAAGCUGAGAGGCUGCACAGGAAGAGUGUGUGUGCGUGUGUGCGUGUGUGCGUGUGUGUGUGUGUGUGUGUGUGUGUGUGUGUGUGUGUGUGUGUGUGUGCGCGCUCAAGUCUCAUUAAACGCACACAGCUCAUUCCAGAAACACUAACUGGAUUGAAGACGCACAAAUGUAAACACUAAAUCACAAUACAGAAACCAGUGUGAUUAUAAUCCUAUAAAUCUGAUCACACACACACAUGCACACACGCACGCACACGCUGCCCUGACUUCUUGAGAUUUCUUUGGACUCGGUGGACUUGCACUGGGUCGCUGGAGAUUUAAACUAAGUGCACCUUACGAGCUUCGGGUUCGCAGGACGAGUGAACGCAGGAAAUAAAGAUGAACCGGAGUGAAAGAAAAGCACAAAGAAGGACUCGUCACGCUGAGACAAACUGCUUCGUACCAAAAAGACGGAGUCCGGACUCACCUGGACGGCGUCCCGGAUCAUCCUUCCUUCCUCUGAGAGGUUUUCCAC